AUGAGAGAAAUUGCUCUGGCACGAUGAUCCACAAUUCAAAACGCUCAACCGAGCCUCGAUCCUGAGCCGUGAGUCUAGGGUUUUUAUACACAGCAAAAACGAUAACAAGAAGAAAGUAGUGGUGAAGAACGUGCUUUCCGCGAGUUCUGCUGCAGUAGCUCGCAAACGACGGACAAAGCGAGACACAUAAAUUGGGGGAAUUUACUUUAUGUUCGCCGGGAAGUUACAGACUUCAGGAAGAAUUAAUUAAUCUUUAAGGAAUUGGUCAUUCUAAUUACAGCACCCAUCGCUUUUGUUUAUUCUCUUGUUUACAUCAUCCUCUGUUGUGUGUCCUGCAUAAGCAAUUAUCUUUCAUGAUUUUUACAUCCUUGCAAAUCUCUCAUCUCUUAUUAUUUUCUUCUUUCCCUUCCUUUUUCUUGGUUGUGAUGCACUGGUCAUAAUGUACACUAAACGUUUGGCCUAUUUUUCUGGCAUUGAUCAUUGUCUAUAUUUCAAGAAAUUCAAUGGUUUCAUUGAUCUUGGACCUAUUGAGCAUCAUUUCCUCUUGAUUGGAGUGUUGAAUUCUCGCUUGCUUGUUUCUGUUCUAUAUUCCAUCAUCCCUUGUUUUAAAUUGUUCACAUUGAACUCCUUGGCGGCAUACCUCACGGAGCCAAUUCAAUCGGGAAUCUUUUUCUGGAACUCCUUAUGGCCUUUCUAUUUGUUUCUACCUAUCCACUUUUUCUUCUUUCUUUUGCAAAUGCUUCUCCCCAGAGCUGCAUAGAAGUUUAUCUUGUUAGAGGUAUUAGAUGCCAAGGACAAGGGCCAGCGCUGCGGCUACUAAAUCAGCUGAAGCUGAGAGGCCUGUUGAGGCUGACGAGCAGGUUGAACUUGGUGCUGAUAAUGACAUGGAGGAGACCUUGGAAGAAGAGGUUGAGUAUGAAGAAGUAGAAGAAGAAGUAGAAGUGGAAGAGGAGGAAGAAGUAGAAGAGGAGGUAGAAGAAGAGGAGGAGGUGGAAGAGGAUGAUGAGGAAAAUGAAGUGGGAGGACAUGGAGCGCAACAAGGACAUGAUAGUGAUGAUGACAUGAAGAAUGCUGAAGGGGAAGACGAAGUGACGAGAAAGCAUGCGGAGCUUCUUGCACUUCCACCACAUGGUUCAGAGGUUUACCUAGGUGGAAUUCCUCAAAAUACUUCUGAAGAUGACCUAAAGAGCUUCUGUGAAUCAAUUGGGGAAGUUACAGAGGUGAGGAUAAUGAAGGGAAAAGACUCAAAUGAAAACAAGGGGUAUGCUUUUGUAACCUUCAGGAGCAAGGAAUUGGCGUCUAAGGCUAUUAAGGAGCUUAAUAACACUGAAUUAAAGGGGAAAAAGUUGAAGUGUUCUACCUCGCAAGCAAAACAUAAGCUGUUCAUAGGUAAUGUACCCAGAAACUGGGGAGAGGAGGAUAUGAAGAAGGUUGUGAAUAAAGCAGGGCCUGGGGUCAUUGCUGUGGAACUUUUAAAGGACCCACAAAACUCAAGUCGUAAUCGUGGAUUUGCAUUUGUUGAGUAUUAUAAUCAUGCUUGUGCUGAGUAUUCAAGACACAAGAUGUCAAAUCCAAAUUUCAAGCUCGAUGAUAAUGCUCCAACCGUGAGUUGGGCUGAUCCAAAAAGUGCAGAAUCUUCAUCAUCUCAGGUCAAGGCAGUAUAUGUGAAGAACUUGCCAAAAAAUGUAACGCAGGAUCAGCUUAAAGCUUUGUUUGAACAUCAUGGCAAAAUUACAAAAGUAGUUCUUCCACCUGCAAAACCAGGACAUGAAAAGAGCAGAUAUGGUUUUGUUCACUUUGCCGAAAGAUCAAGUGCAAUGAAAGCUCUGAAGAACACAGAGAAAUAUGAGAUUGAUGGCCAAGUUGUAGAAUGCUCGCUUGCAAAGCCACAGGCGGAUCAGAAAACUGCUGGGGGGUCAAAUUCCCAAAAGUCAGCAAUACUCCCAACCUACCCACCUCGUGUUGGAUAUGGCUUGGUUGGUUCCCCCUAUGGUGCUCUGGGAGCAGGAUACCCUGGUGCAAACUUUGCCCAACCACUGCUCUAUGGAAGGGGAGCUACCCCUGGCAUGGCGAUGAUGCCCAUGCUUUUGCCUGAUGGAAGGAUUGGAUAUGUCCUGCAACAGCCUGGAGUGCAGCCACACACCCCACCACCACAGCAAAGAGGUGGCAGGAGCAGUGGAGGAGGUUCAAGCGGGGGAAGACGUGGUAGCAACAGUGGGCGUGGACGUAGUCGCUAUAGCCCUUACUAGAUUCUGUAUCAAUUGAGUCGACAAUGGAUUUUCCCCAGGCUCCGGUGGAGCAGCUCUGAAUCUGCUGCCAUUUUGAUGUGUAUGGCGCAUCACUAUUCAUGUGGCACAUAUAUAUUGAAAACAAGCACCAGAUGUAUUAUUGCAAAGAGCUUUGUUUUAUCUCUGCGAAAAGAGAAAAUGAAUCUGAGGAGUGGUCAUUUUACAUGCUUGAUGUUGGUUA